AUGGAUACAAAGCUGAACGCCAAGCAGCGCCGCCGACUCCUGCGCGAGCAGCAACGACAGCAGGAAGAGAAGGGACAUGGCCGGAGUCUAGAAGAAGGCACAAAACAGUCGAUUGCCGGGUCUGCCGAAGACGCGGCGGACAAAGUGGCUCCAGCAACGCCGAGCGAUGACAAACACGAGCGGCGUGUGGCAAUAGAAAAGCGCAAGCGACUGGACGAGGCGAAACCAUUGCAGAAGAAGCGACAGAAAGCGACGACGACGACGAUGACGACGAAGAAGAAGGAGGAGGAGGAGGAGGGGGCAGUGCAAGCGCAUGGACGAGACGAGGAGAAGGGUGCUCCAAAGAGUAUCCACUUGACGCUGUUUGUAGGGCAGUUGCCGUUUCGGGCGACAGAAGGCAUGAUCCGGAAACACUUUGCCGAAGCAGGUGACAUUAAGCUGCGCAUGUUGACGGACGAGAAGACCAAGAAGUUCAGGGGCCUGGCGUUCAUUGAGGUGAAGGACAGCAAAGCAUUAGGGGCAGCGCUCUCGCGUCAUCACACGUUGCUGCAGGGACGUCGAAUCAAUGUCGAGUUGACGGCCAGCGGUGGUGGCAACAAGUCUGAGAACCGACGGAGCAAGAUUGACGAAUUGAGGAAGAAGCAGAGCAGUGUUCAGGUGGAAAAGACCAAGGCGUUGAUCCAGAAACACAUUGAUGGGCCACAGUACAACCUCCAGCAGGAAGACGUGGAUGAUCGCAUGAUCGACUUCUUGUCAUGGUUUGACUACGAAACGGCAAAGAACGCACUGGAAGAGUACAACCGAUGUGUGAGUGACCGCGUCAACAACCGCAAGGCAUUCUUUAUGGGGAUCCUGAAGCGGUUUCGACAGACAGACGGCGUGGAGUAG